UAUACUGUACGGUACUUCAGAAUGACACAAACAUGAAGAUUUGUGUAAAGAAAAAAAGCUUGCAUACAAUUUUUUUUUUUUAUACUGAUCAUGUCUUAAAUUUAAUAUGUCCUCCACAAAGUUUUGUCAGGUUUUUGUAUAAUCCUGCUUGUUCGACCACAGACCCCAAAAAUAUCAUAUAAUUGAAAAGAACCACAUUCUCCACUUUUAUAGAUUCCCACCACAAAGUUGCAUUGGGUUUUGCAGAAAAAAAAUUAUUUAAUUUCAAUAUUAUCGGUUUGGAAUAAUCUAUUGUUCAGAAGUGAAAAAAAUCUUUCACCCCAAAAAAUAAUCAUUCGAUGACACAGUUAUGCUUGUUUGGAUAAACACAAAACUAUGCAUGUUUUACAAAAGUGGAAAAUUUUUUUUUAAAUCAAUCGUGUGAUCCACAUGAUUAUAAAGGUGAUAAGAUCCUGCUAAACACAAAUACACAUCUUAAAAUUACUUUGGUAGCGGGGAAUCAAGAUUUAAGAGGAAUGUCAAUGUUUCAGAUUGAUUAGUUGCAUUAAUAAGCAGCAUGAAAAAAAUGCUUUGUUGACUGCAGGAUGUGACACAACAUUACAUCAUCAUGGCAAGUGACAUCACUCAGUGUGUCCUGCUUUUAAAUAUAACACUUCUCACCAAUCGCUUAUUUCCAUUUAUGAGCUCUCUUUUUGGCUCCAGCUGACCACUGCUGCCUCUCUCUGUCAAGGAGACGAAGAGGGGGAGGACUGAGGCUAAGAUGUGUGUGUGUGUGUGUGUGUGAGAGAGAGAGAGAGAGAGAGACGGAGGGAGCGAGGAGGACGAGAAAGAGGGGGUUGGCUUUAGUGUGAUGUGAAUGGAAUAGAAUCGGCACAAGAGAGAGAGGGAGCAAGGGAGGAGGACGACACACAUCAACCUGCCUCUUGACUAAGCGACCAGAAAAGAGCCACACGUAUUGGGAAGUGUGUGUUAUUGUUUGCUAUUUUGUGUGUGUGUGUGUGUGUAUUUUAUUUUGGGACAGAGGAAGAGAGCAGCAGACAGGAGGAACUAAGCCAAGUGGAGGAGGAGGAGGAGGAGGAGGUGAGCGAGCCCGACCGUGGAGAUAGAUAGCAGAAAAAUGCUGCCAUGGGGAGAAAAGGGGAGGGAGUCGGCAGAGAGGAAGAGGAUGAAACGAGACCGGGUGGAGCGGAGCUGAAAUGUUGGGAGUUGCUGAAAAAUCAGUGGAUGCCAUGUUGGGGGUGCAGGCAGGGCCUUGUCUAGGAGGACGACGAAUCGGGCCACAGUGAUGGUCCACCUCAGUCUGCAGAAAGUGGCACCUCACAAAACACCCAGCUGCACACCCGGAUGACCCUCUGCUGCAUUCUCACUGCUCCGGUCUUAACCAUUCAUAUGCCAGAACUGCCCUGUUUGUGUACAGUUGAGACCAUUUGAAGGAGGACUUUAUGUUUUGCUUCCACUGAGUGUGGGUUCUCCUUCGAAGCAUUCCCAUUUCACAUCUGGGUCAUUGGGGAGCUUAUUGUUGGAUUGGAGGGAAUCUCACAGGCAACAUGCAGUCCGACGACCUAUUCGUCCGUAAAUUUCGGCGCCAGAAUGUGCGGCCACCUGUCGCAGCCGUCAAUUUCGAUCCCAAACGAGAGGUGGGAUUGGUGGAGUGGCCACCCAGGAGGGGGGGAGAUGGGUCAGAUGCAGACAACCUGACCCCGAGCCGGGCGGGCCUCACCCUGCGUGCAGUGGGCCGUGGCCACAUCAUGCAGAGGAGUAACAGCGAUGUGACUUUAGGAGAUUUGGACUCCGGCGGGAAGGCUGGAGGCAAAACUGCUCGGGCAGUUGGUGAGAAGGUGGGGGUAGGGGCUCAGGGGGACUCUGGGGUGCUGCUACACAGGGAAUAUGGCAGUCUAUCUUCACUGGAGAGACAGACUCAAAUCCAGGAUCCAGGAAGUACAAACCAGGGGCCCCUUAGUCCAAAUGCCCUCCGUUUUAAAGACCCCUUCCUGCUUUUAGGACUACAAGGCAACCCACCAGAACCUGAUGGCUUCUUCCGAGGCCUGUCUUCUGCCACAGGAGACUCCCCAAAACCAGUAAAGCCGCCCAAGCCUGAAGGUCUUAGUAAGAAGUCGAAACCUGUGCCCCCUCAAAUCCCUCAACCUAGUCCUUAUGAUAACAUCGGGGGUGGUGCGUGGGUGAGGAACUUUGCCCAUUAUGACGUUCAGAGCAUCCUGUUUGACCUCACAGAGGCAGCCACCAACAGAGACAGCAUUGGCCGCAAAAAGAAUAUAACCUCAGGGGCCUCCGCUGCUUCCCAGAUGCGACCCCUCUCCCAGGGGACCCCUUCCUCACCUGCACAGGGCGGAGUGGGUAACGGGGGUGGCAUGGACGACCCCGAGCAGUCGCUGCUACUGGAUGAAGGUGACGGCAACGACAAUGAGCUCCUGCUCAGUUGCCCCCACUUUCGAAAUGAGACUGGCGGAGAGGAACAGGUUGGCCUGGGCCGAUCGCAGGCCAAGCGGGGGAUGUGGUUGAGCCCGCGGACUCCCAACGAUGCAGCAUCGGUCCUGGAGGAGCCCAGAGAAAGUCACGUCCAGCAACAGGGCAAAAGCAACUACUUUAUAGAACAUGCAGAUCUGGGAGCGCAUUACUAUCGUAAAUAUUUCUACAUGAAAGAACAUCAGAAUUUCUUUGGCAUGGAUGAUCGCCUUGGGCCAGUGGCUAUCAGUUUCCGCAGGGAGGAGAAAGAAGGCACCAGUGGAGCUCAGUACAAUUACAGAAUCAUCUUUCGCACCACAGAGAUGAAGACACUGCGAGGGUCCAUCUUGGAAGAGUCUGUUCCCUCUGCCGCCCGUCACACCACCCCUCGAGGUUUGUCUCCCAAGCGGCUGCUGGAGUUCAUCAUGCCCGAACUCAACCUGCACUGCCUUCGCUUGGCCUCAAACUCCCCCAAGGUCCGCGACACUUUGCUGAAGCUGGAUGAACAGGGGCUAAAUUUCCAGCGCAAGGUCGGCGUCAUGUACUGCCGGGCUGGACAGAGCUCCGAGGAGGACAUGUACAACAAUGAGAGCUCUGGGCCGGCGUUUGAGGAGUUUUUGGACCUGCUCGGUGAUCGCGUGCGACUGAAGGGCUGGGAGAAAUACCGAGCUCAGCUGGACAACAAGACUGACUCAACGGGGACACAUUCCCUCUACACACGCUACCAGGACUAUGAGAUUAUGUUCCAUGUCUCCACCAUGCUUCCGUACACCGCCAACAACACUCAACAGUUGCUGAGGAAACGACACAUUGGAAACGACAUCGUGACCAUUGUGUUCCAGGAGCCGGGCGCUUUGCCCUUCACGCCAAAGUCUAUCCGUUCCCACUUCCAACACGUCUUCAUUAUUGUCCAGGUUCAUGAGCCCUGCACAGACAACACCUAUUACAGGGUGGCUGUGACACGCUCUAAAGACAUGCCAUUGUUUGGCCCACUUUUCCCUAAGGGCGCUCUCUUCCCUCGCUCAGCAGCCUUCAGAGACUUUCUCCUGGCCAAGGCAGUCAACGCUGAGAAUGCCGCAGAAAAGUCUGAGAAGUUCCGCUCCAUGGCCACUCGCACGCGACAAGAAUACCUGAAGGACUUAGCUGAAAACUACGUGACUACAACGCCUAUCGACUCCUCCACCAAGUUCCCGCUGCUCUCCCUCGGAGGCAAGCGAAAAGACAAGCUGAAGGGCGCCAAGGGGGCGGAGCUGCACAGUGCCGGGGCGCUGGUAUGGGCCGUCUUGGUGGACGGUGGGGAAGACGGGGAGGCAGGAGAGCACAAACUGCCCUGUCUGCUGGGGAUCUCAGCUGAGUCUGUGGUGCUCAUCGAGAGGUACACGCGCAGGGUGGUGUUCAACUGCUCAUGCAGGGACGUCAUCGGUUGGAAGGCGGUGGCCGAAACAAAAGAGGGAGGGCCCUUCUUGGAUAUCUUCUAUGAGCGUGGCGAGUCAGUGUCCAUCAGCGUGAUGGAGAGCCAAGCUGAGGAUUUAAGAGAGGUGGUUCAGAGGCUGGAGUUGGUUACCCGUGGGUGCGAGGCCCUGGAAGUUACCCCACUACGUGACGGUGUGGGCCAGCCUGGCUUUCUGAUGAACGAGGAGGGCUUUGUGACAGAGCUGCAGCGGUUCUGCUAUGCCGAGAGUGGCGGCCUGCAGCUGUGGGCUCGGGUGGUGCGCCUGUGCGGCCGCUCCCUGGUCCACCUUAGCACGGAAGAGAGGACCAGGCUUCUCCGCACGGCGCACAAGAUCCACAUCACCGUCAUCCCGCCAGAUGAGAAUGGGAAACCCCGCAGGAGCUUCUCUGAGCUGUACCAGAAAGCCAUUAAAGAUGCAGAGUGUAAGCCCGGCGAGGACCAGUCCGGUGAGGCCUGGGUACUUGAUGAGAGGCAGGAAGAGCAGCAAAAGCGGGACAACCUGAUAAAGCGGGAUAGUGUCAUCGAAGCAGACACGGUGGGGGUCCAGGUGGAAGCCGACGGGGCAGAAGAGCAUCAAGGGCAAAGUGAGAGAGGUGAUACUGACUUGCUUUUGGCGCCGCCAAGCCUACCUUUGUUGCGGGCCACUUCCCUGCAGGACCAAACCUCCCAUCAGGACCACGAGAGCUCGCAACUCACACGUAGCUUCUCUUUAGAGAGGGAUUCAUCCUGCGGAGAUUCUUAUGAGAGACACAUUUACGACAAUGUGCCCUUAAAAGAGGACCACCGCAUCUACGAGAAUGUCGGCGAGCUGAGAGAUGCCACACCUGAUCUAAUCUUGGCUGUCAAGCCCAAAUUUGCCCCAGAAGAGAAAGAGUUCAUUGCAGACUUCGGCGAUGACAAAGCUUCAGCGAGCGAAUCCCCUCUCUCCUCCUCAAGGUUGUCAUGUGUGGACCGCGCAGAGAGGAAUUCACGGGCCUUAAGUCUUCACAACUCCAUCACCAAGAUUCUCUCAGAAACGACAGAUUCCACCGAAGAAGAGUGGCAGUCCAUCGCCGACCUGGCCACGGCCUGCCGCAGCAUCCUAGAGGCUCUGUCACGCGAGGAUCGUAAAGCUGGAGACCAACAAGGAGCCGAUCAUACAGAUGGCAAGUUGAACGCAAGGGAGAGUGACUCUCCAGGCCACCUGGAAGAGAAGGUGUCCCAGCUGGAGGCCAUGCUGAAGAAGCUGCAGGAUGACCUGCAAAAGGAGAAGGAGGACAAGGCGGUGCUGCAGGCCGAGGUGCAGAGCCUGCGGCAGAACAACCAGCGGCUGCAGGAAGAGUCGCAGAGCACGGUGGCGCGGCUCAUCAAAGUCACGGAGCUACUGUGCAACGUCAACAAGCCCUGUUAAAUACGCCGCCUCGACUAAAUGCUCCUCGGCCAACAACAAUCAACAGAAUGAUGUCACGUGUGUCCUUGGAACACACGUGCGCAUCCUCCGUAAACAGUGACGGCUGGACCUGCCUGCUGGUUAAGGUGUAUGCAAAGUAACGACAUUCCCUUACAAGUGUGUACUUCUGGCUGCUGUUAGUGUGCAAUGCCAGUGUGAUCUCGUGUGUGUGUGUGUGCGCGUGCGUGCGUGCGUGUUAGCAGCAUGCGCGUGCAUCUCUUACUGUACUUUGCUUCAAAUACUUGACAACCUGGGCUGAUCAGCUCUUCCAUUUUAAGUUACGACUGAGAGACACCGUAUAGCAUGUUUAUCUGAAAAUAGACCAAAAGUGUACACGUUCAAAAUAUAGUAUCACAUACACUAGUGUGUAUGUGUGUGUGUGUACCACUUAAAAUGUGAAGAAUAGUAUUGCUUUCUAGUGUGGAAGGUCUCAAAAGACACAAUAUUUUAAAAAAACUAUAAAAAGGAGGCAAUUUACAAGUCUCUGUCGGCAACCACGAGAUUACAUAUGUAAAGUUGCCAAUCUCUUGCUUCUCAGUUCUAACUGUAUUCAACUAUUAGAAAGGGAUUCUCCUAAUAAUCCCUUCAUUAGAUGAAAACGAGGACGCUUGCACAUGUGAGGAAAAACAAGCCGAGCCGAUGUGUACGUGCACUGGAAGACACAAUGGCAGGAAAGAAGGACUUCCUUCACAAAUUUGUUUUUCCUCUAACCUCACUCAGUCUUGUAGCAGCCACACUGUAGAAGUUCUCCUGCUGGCCUCACCACCCCAAACGGCAGCUUUUAUAGCUUUCGGUGUCAAUGAAACACCUGAUAGUGGAACACACGAUAAUCCAACGAUAAUAUUGUAUUGGCUUAUGAGUGGUAGCAAUGAGAGGAAAUCUUCCAAACAAUGUGCGUUUUUGUGUUUUGCUGGAUUCAUUCUUGCACUUUUUUUGGGGGGGGUCAAAUCAGCACUGGACAGAGGCACGUAUUGUAAUUUUUUUUUUCCUGCCUGUACUCUUCUUGCCCUCUUACCUCACCUUUUCUGUGCCCACUGCUGAAGGCACCACUAACAAGGUGUGUUGACAGAGACUGACUGCUUCUUUCUCCUCAGUGCCAACUUACACCUAGGCAGCUCUUCCGAGUUCCAGCCGAAAUGAGACCCUUGUAUCAAUUGUGUUACAAACAUCCACUCAAGACUCUCAAUGCUCUUGUUAGUAUAUAAAAAAAAAAAAACUUUCUCUUGUAAUGUUAUUUUAGAGUCACUGUGAAUACUUGGUACCAGCAUAUUAAGAUACAGUAUAUACAGAUUAAAUUAUGAAUCUAAUCUUUAUUAUCACUAUGUCAGGAUGCUCUGUACAGCUCCUGUUAUAUAGAUUUAUCAUCUUGUGGACAUGCUGAAGCUUCCAGACUGAACUAUUGGUGUGGGGAAGACCUGUCUUACUGUGUCUCGUAUUGUUGUUUAGAUUGUAAGAGGUCGGUGAAGCAUGUGAAUGUGCCAAGCAACAUCCAGCCACCCCCCACCCCACCCCACCCGUAUGUGUAUGUAUGUGUGGGUGUCUCAAAAUGUAACUUAUUACUCAUGCAAAUGUGGAUUUUACUGUAGCUGUUUAAACCUAACGGGUGGUUGUUGUUAAAAAAAAAAAAAAAAAAGAACUAGAGCAGAGAGGAAAUGUAUGCUUGAGUUAAAAUGUGACUUUGUUUUAUCAUAGGAAGCCAGCAAUGAUGAAAUCAUAUCUGUAAAGCUUGCAUUCUAGCUUUUACAAGGUCUUAAACACCAUUAGGUACGCCUUAAUGAGCAACAUCCUGACGGGACGGUCAAAGUGUGAGUUCUCUGACUUUGUGCCUACCUGAAAAUGUAUGUACGUAUGUUAAGCCAGCUUACUUUUGUCAUUUCUUCUCCCACGGUUGCACUGACUUGAGGUUUCAGUUGCAGAUGAACCAUCUUAACAUCUGAUCUUUCAUCUGCUGUGUGCCCAAAACUGAUUUGAGAUGACGACGUGUGUCGUCGUUGGUUUAAGCUGUGAGACUUGACAACUGGAGUUGUGAGUGACUUAUGAUUUCUAAACCUGAAUUAAAGUGGAAAAGGCUGAUUUGUGGGACUUGAUGCGUUGCCAUCAAGUGGAAACAGACACAAAUGUCUUUGAAUGUCCUUUUGUUUUUCAGUACUCAGUUAUAGCCGUUGAAUUUGCAAAUAAAUCGAAUCUGAAAAUUCAUUCAACUCACAAGCCAAACAAUGUGGCGCUUAAAGGAAGUAGACAGUACACACAACUGGAAGAUGUAUUUGCCAUGUCAUCAUCUGAGAAUUCUUAAAAGGGAAAUAAUGUAGUGGCGUUUGUGGGGGUGACAUUUAUUCACAAUACAGUCCAGUAUGACACCACCAUACAAACAUUUCAUUUCCAUGGACUUUGCCCGUAUAAUUCUUUUCCUAAACACCAGCCAAAGAAAAAUGCUUUCUCCUCCCUGCGCUGACAUUGGGAGGACUUAUGAUGACAACAUCGUGCCGGGCUGUGUCUUUAUUUGGGGCUGGAGCGCAGGAUGGAGUCAGGCCUGGGACACAAACACAAGAGCUGAAAAGAAGCUUGACUUGGGCCGUAAAUCUCGCCGCGAUGUGUGUUUAGACUUCACUUUCGCUCUUGCUUGUGCAGCAAAUCCACUUUGUUGCCCAAUGUUUUCUGUUUUGAAGAGAGGCCACACUGAUGGUUUGUAUUUAAAAAAAAACAAAACAAAACAAGACUGCUGUUUUCAAAUGCUGAGUGAUACCAAUAAUGAAGUUGUGUC